CCUGUGUCAGGUGAUAUUUCGGCUUACCUGUAACUCCUGAGUUUUUGUGUUCUUACCUGAGCUUAGAAGGUGUGAUUUGAGUGUAUUGUAUUAGGAAAGUUGGGAGUUUUAUUUGCGCGGUCAAAGAUUAAGAUUAAUGAACUAAUUUGACUUUGAAGAAUUUAUGUUCGUUGUCAAGACCUACAGAACUUAAUUAGUUUCUGCUGGAAGUCAACAAGACGUGACACAAGGUGAUGCCAAGAAAAACAGUGUUCAAAGCCACUCAAUGAGAACAAUGAGAAGCACAAUCGCAUUGCCAGCAUGAGUACUGAAAAAGCUUUUGGACAGUGCACUGAAGCUUUUGACUUUAAAGGCCACCCAGAACAUGCUAAUCUACAGGACUGGUUGUCUCUCGCAGACUUGAGCCAAGAUGACACGUUCUCGUUUGAAGGCUGUAUGCAAUUGGAGAGGAGGUGGAUGCUCUGGCAUAAGUUUAUGAAUGAAUACUCUUGUUUGGAUGAUUGGUUGCGAUUGGCAGAGAAAGCAGCUGCUUCCCCAAACUCCAGCCAUGUUCUAUACACCACAGCAAAAGAGGAAUUGCAGAAGUUUGAGAGUCUGCGCACUGAGGCUAGGCUAUGCUUGCCCCAGCUGGACAGCCUGAGCCAUACAAGUCACAUUCUGUUGAGGCUUUUCAAGGGCACUAUGAAAACCAGGCUGAUAGAUAUGACUAAAGAGUGUGGUCAGCGCUGGGACCAGCUUAGCACCUCUUUGGACGUUGUGUGUCGUAGGCUGAAGCACUUCGUGGUCCAGCGGGAGGACUUUGAGAGGCAGCAAGAGGAAAUGGCUAUCUGGCUGGCUGACAUGGAUCUGAAGCUGACUGAGGUGGAGCAUUUUUCUGAGAUGAACACCUGUGCCAAAAUGCGACAACUUCAGGGCUUCCAGGAGGCAGUGGCUGAAAGUGCAGGUCGAUUAAAUGCACUUCUCCAGCAAGGGGAAGAGUUGAUCCAGAGAAGUGAGCCAGCUGAUGCCCAGGUCAUUGAGAGCCAACUGCAGGAGCUGCUCCUGUACUGUGCUCGUGUCUUCCAGGGCCUCAACUGUCUUCACACCCGUCUUCUUAGCAUGAGGCUGGUGUUUGAGGAUGACUGGGUUCUGUGUCCAGACUCUGGCUGUCCCUCUGAGAUAUUGCUGGAAGAGGAAAGUGUUAAAGACCAUAGCCUUGCACCACCAGUCCAGGGUAACCCCACUCAGGUUUGCCCAGAGCAGCUUGUCCUGGAGUGGGACCCCUCAGUGGACAUUGGAGGCUCCAUCACCCAUGCAGAUGCAGAAUCCUCCUUCCUCAGUGCUUGUGCAGGGGUUUGCAGCACAGAUGAGCACCUUACCAAGGAUUCUUGGAGGAGGAGAGCUUAUCAGAAAUCUGAAGAAUCAUUUCCAGCUGCUAGUAUAAAAUGUAUACAACAGCCGGUCAAUAAAUGUAGCUUAGAUGGUAUGGCUCCACCCCAGACCCCUGUGCCAGAUCCUGAUAGGUCACCGUAUGCUUCAUUUUGGAAGACUUCUACCCCAGACUCUCAGUCCCCUCAGCCUGUCACUUUUAAAUCUGACCGUGUCAGUGCCUGGCUGGUCCAGACACCCCGGCUGUGUUCAAGAGCUGUCCAGACCGAGCAUGCACCACAGCAGUAUUCAAGGUUUUAUUCAUCGACAUCCAUGCACAAGGGGGAGGAGGUGGGGGAAGCUGACUAUCUGGAAAAUGUGCUUCUCAAGAGGCAGUCCUGCUUACAGCACACCAAUAACAUGUGCUUCACCAAAUCAUGUGACCUUCAAUCUAAAUCUACCAAACAUUACCCAAGCUCACAGUGUAUGAAGGAGAGACUGAACUUAAAAGAUUCAAUGAAGGAAAGCAGCUGCACUAAGACACACUGUGCCAACAGAGAACAGCAACACUGGUCACUAAGUCUCCUAAAUCUGUUGGAGUUCCUGAAGUCCCCAAGUCUGCUCUGCAUUCUGUUAGCCCUAUUCGUGGUUCUGGUCAUCUGGCUCACCUCAGUGCUCCAAGACAACCAAUGCUACCGCUCCAACUCUCUUGCACAUUCCUUUCACCUAGCUUUAUGUUAUGUCAAUGGACCACCUCCAACCUGAGGACUGCAGAGACACACAGGGUACCAUAAUCCAUGAUGCUUUUGAGAGAUAUUAAAGCAGAGAACCAUGGACAGAAGUUUAUAUACAUUACAACCAUAGGUUUGGAAACAAUGGCACAGAGUUUGGGUGAAAUGCUUCUACACAGUUGGCCAGAUGUUAUUAGGCACUUUAGAAUUUAUAGACACACACAUUUGGCUUGGAACAUUUCAUUUAAUUAAAUUUUGAUAUGUAUUUUAUAUCUUGAUAUAUAUUUUAUGUCUCUGGCAGUAGGUCAGGCUUUAUCAUUAAUGGCACAGUCUUGGUUCAGUAUAGGGCUAAAUCACUGGAAUUAUAAACAGUCACUGUGUUAAUAUAGGGAUUGAAGAGUUUGAAUAUUACAUCCACUGAGCUAGAUAUUAUAUUUAUUACUAUUUUUAGAACCAAAUAAAUAAAGUCAAUUAAACUGU